UUGUUCCUAUAGCGGGUUAAUAGGGGUGCGAGGGCUGUUGUACAAGUACCUGUGCCCCCAAUACUCCUACACCCUUUGUCUGCCCGUGGCUUAUCUAAAAACCUCUCGUCCAAUGAUUUCUAAGAUGCACGUUUCUCCCUGACACUUGUGUGUCACAGGCGGAACGUUUGAGUGCGGCUCGGGUUCCCAGCGAGCGGCGUUUGGUGUCGGACGAGGGUGCAUCCGGUCUUCUGUCCCCAAAUGCGGCGAGAAGAUGCUGGCCCUCCGCAAUGAAGCACUUAUUAUGAAGAAGGCAGUGGCCCUGUGCAGGCUCACAGGGUGCCUGCCCAUCACCUGCACCAACUCCGCUGUCCUGAAGCAGAGCGGUUGCAGGCAUUACCGGUCGCAACCAACGCAUGGCAUCGGCAGAUACAAGCACCUCCUUCCUCCAGAACCAGAUCCCAAGAAAAAGGACAAGCUGCCCAGGAAGGAGAUCAAGCCCAGUUCUGAUCAUGAAUACGGGGUGCUGAACCUGCAGGUGUCCGGAUACAACAUGAUACUGGUGGAACAUUACUCCCAGUAUGUCCAUAAUCUCUGCAGCCGGCUCUCCAUCAAAGUACAAGAGUGCUAUGCCAAGCCCACCAAAACCAAGGAGGUGAUGCUGAUGCAGGAACAUAGCACUAAGAUGUUUCUGGAUGCCAUGCUGACCACUCACGAGAGAGUUGUCCAGGUGACUGGAUUAAGUUCCACAAUGGCACCUAUUCUUAUGGAGGUCCUUAUGAUGAACCAGCCUGAAGGGGUGCAGCUUUUGGUGAAGGAGCAUACGGAAGCAGAUUACCAGGUCAGAUUUAAGGGCCGUCCAGAACUGGAAAACCUUGUGGCUUCUAUGAGCUGAGAACAAGUAGAGUGUUCCAGAGCCUGGGAUCUCCCCUCAGUAUGAGACGCUUGUUGGGGGGCAUCUGUCACUUCUGUUAUUGGCAGAAAAGGGCCAGGAAAGAGGAGAAGAAAGAGAGAAGAUUCAGAAUUGCUUCUUUCUUGCUUCCCCAAGGAUGUGAAAUGGAAUAGUAAGUUUAUCUGAUACCAACUCAGUGUGGAACAUGAUGAUACAACAGCCAAGUAAAGAGACUGAGCGCUCGGCUACUGUACCUACAAGAUACUCGUCUUGCUCAGCGGGAAUCUAAUCUGGGACUUCUAUUGCCAUAAAAAUGUCUCAUCAUAAACUAUUAACAAUAAAGGAUUUUGGAAAGA